CAUUUGCUUUGGGAUCGCUCAUACUUUACGAUGAAACGCCGCGCAGAGGGAGAUAAGUUUGAAGAUCGAGUUGAAGAAUGGCAGCGAAAUUUGCCUGCAGCGCCUUUGCCAGACGACCUCGGCAUCGCUGCUCGGGUUUACCUGGCCUGCUCCAAGCUCUACAAGAGUAUCCUCCAACGACUUGUCUCACGAGCCGACAUUGGGAAGCCUUUAUAUCGUAACAUCGAGCGAAGUUUCAGUACUUUGGUACUUUGGGCUAAGACGCACGAGGCUCCUAACGGAACCCUUGAUCGAGCCCUCCUGCAAUCGUCAGAUCUGCGGGCAUUGACACUCGGAUUUCUGGUUGACAUAAGCCAGAUACUCACACAACGUCUGGUUGGGGCUAGUGGCCUACUACUGGAUGACGGGAUCACGCUCCUGUCCAAAACCACACAUGACCUUGCUAGAGAAGGGUUGAGGCUGAUUCUCACCGAUGAUCAAGACGAAUACAAUGCUGAGAACUCAUACAAUUCCCCGCCCGAAGACUCCCUGGAAAGGAUCGCAUCCAAUUUGCGUUCCAAUGUGGAGUGUCUUGUCGACCUUGGGCCAUUGAUUGAGGAUCUUCAGGUUGAAGAGCCUGGCAUCAUAGAUAAUCGGCCGGAACCAGAGACAUUCCAUCUGUCUUGUCAUGAGGCAUUAAGUUACUGCGGAAUGAUCAGAGACCGCUUUCGCAAGCUUCCCUUGACUUUGGUUGAACGCCUGGGGGAAGCGAAUGCGCAGCGAGCCGCCAUGAUCCAGGAACGCAGGGAUGCUCCUCAAAUGAAAGAUGAACAAAUCAUCGAAGACAUUGAAGAGUCUCUUUUCUCCGAGAGCGCGCCAAGAUUUACUGCAACGACGAAAUCUACAUUGAACUCAGGUUCCGUUUUUGACUCUGCGUCUAUCAACCAGACAGCUCCCAACGACACUGCCUCGAGAGCCACUUUUGCGUCAUUCUCAACUACACUCUCAACAAUAGACCGCGGCCUCCCGCGGAUUCCACCCCUGCCCGAAGGGGCGAGUGAGGGAAAGCCAUUCGAUUGUCUCACUUGUUCCAACCAGCUCAAUGGCAUCACGAGCAGACCCGCUUGGAAAGAACAUAUUUUCGAAGAUCUUAGCCCCUAUGUAUGCACUAUUGAAAACUGCGACCAAAGUUCUGUACUAUUCAAAUCGAGCUACAUCUGGUCGAUACACGAGGCUAGCCACCAGUUUCUCAGUGGAGACUGCCCAUUCUGCACGACACGAAUGACAGAAAGAAACUCAGACUAUUAUAGGCAUGUCUCUCGCCAUCUUCGAGAAAUAUCUCUCGCUGCACUUCCAAGGACAUUGGCCACCUUAGACGAAGAUACGGACUCCUCAUCAACUUCCGCUAUUGUGCCGACUGUGCAGACACAGUCUUCGUCGAAGAAAGCCAGUCCAGCCGCCAUUGAGGAGUCGGCCCUGGGGCACCGCCUAGACGCUGAAGCCCCUACAAGAUCUAACGUCUUGAUGGAUAAGGACUUCGUCAAACCGCCCAACCUUGAAGCCAUUUCGACCCCAAGCAUCGACGCCUUCAUUCCUCGUCUAUCGUCCGAAGAUCAAACACCAGCCGCCUCAAGGUCAGCCAUACCCGAAAUGAGCGUCUUGGAGACAUCUCAGUCACCUACUCCGGGUGUCAAUAAUGAAUCCAUGAAAGAAAGUAGCGACCGGAAUAGCCAGCCUUUGCUAUCGUCACGAACAUCGAGGCGGGGUCAAACCCAAACGCGUUCGCUGAGCCUGGCUUGCCCCUUCUUUAAACGUGACCCCAAAGAGCAUGGGGGCUGUGUAUCGAAACGUUUAACGAGAAUCAGAGACGUCAAGCAACAUCUCUCCAGAAUACACGCACCACGUUUUUACUGCCAGCGCUGCUUUUUUGUCUUUGACAAGGAGUACAGCCACCAAGAACAUGUUACCAACGCUAACUGCACCCACGACCCAUCUGCGCAUUUGAUGCGCGUAUCAUAUGACCAGCUAAGGGAACUUAGCCGAAAGAGCAAGCCUAGCCUUUCCGAAACGGAUCAGUGGUUUGCUAUCUGGGACAUAUUAUUCCCGGGUGAAGUAAAACCUGAUUCCGUCUUUAUUGACCCAUCCUUGUCUGUGGAGAUGAGCAUCUUCAGAGAGUGUUACCAAGGCCUCGGUGUGGCAAUGUUACGCUCAGAAUUACUUUCUUCAGAAGCCUUUCUUUCAUCAACGCCGGAAGCUGAAAGGGAAUCCAGACUGAGCGAAAUAAUAAGUCGGGACAUGCGCAAUUUUUACGACAAUUGGCGGACAAUCGAUGAUAAAGUCACCCGGAUGACCACAGUUGAAGCGCCGGAGGUUCAAGCAUCAGAGGGUCAUUUGGUGGACAAUAGCUCUGUAUCGAAGAGUCAGGAGCUGUUGAGUGAACCCCCAGGACAUGGCUUCUCAGAUGCUGAGAGGGACGCCGAUUUCUGGACUCUUCUCGCGCAGAACCAGGAUGGCACCCCACUACCGAACAUGACAACCUUCACACCUUCAGUCACUGGCGAUAUUCAACCGGGAUCCUCUAUUCAGACCAUUGGGGAUGAUGGAAACCAUGAAGAGCGUGCCGGCUAUGGCGGGGCACACUCUGUCGAUACUCUUUUGGACUUCAGCCGGGGGCUGGGUGAUAACUUUGAGCUGGACAAAAGCCUAUUUGACGAUCCAUUUGGGGAGCUAGAUAAGUAACUUGAGUCAUUUCUGGAAAAAUUAUGGAGAUGUAGAGCCGAACGAAGACGUUCGCUUUAGUGCUGAUUAUCUUGCAUCGCCCACGGCCAUAGCUAAACUGCUCGUGCGGCCCACCAUGAAUCAAUUAUUCGGACAGUGCCGUAGUUCUAGUGCAAUUAUGGGCUCGAGUAAACCGCCCAGAUAGACAAUUGCUUGAGAUCACCGUAACUAAGAGAUGCAAUCCAUCUGCCUGCACUGAUCAUCAAUUCUUCAAGCAUUCCCUCAAACUGAAACGACGAAGCUCGCACUUCUCUGAACUAGCAUGCCUUCUGAUUUAUAAUAACGCUGGUUUAGUUGUAUUUCGGAUGCGACAUGCAAAGUAGGAGUCUCUAGUGAUGGUCGAGACUGGCACAGCUCACUCACAAAUCCUUCUACUACGGUCAACCACCCAUUUCGCG